CUCAGGGAGCGCGCAGCGCGGCGAUCGCCGGUUUGCUGUGUCCCUCGACACAGCGGAUCACGGAAGAGCCGAAGAUGUCGGCUCGGUCAUGUGAUCAGCUGUGUCCAAUCACAGCUGAUCACAUGGGACAUCUACACUGAUUAUCAGGGCACUGAUGAUCAGUGUGCCCUGAUGAUCAGUGUGGCCCCAGAAGUGCCACCUGUCAGUGUCCAUCAGUGCCAGCAGUCAGUGCUCAUCAGUGCCACGUGCCAGUGCCCAUCAGUGCCACAUCAAUCCCACAUAUCAGUGCAUACCAGUGCACAUCAAUGCCACAUAUCAGUGCCCAUCUGAGCUGCCUUUCAAUGUCACCCAUCAGCG